AUGAAAACCACAACCAUCCUGGCCGCAGUCCCUGCUGCCUCCCUCCUCCUCCUUUCCUUCUCCCAAAUCGCCACCGCUCAAUCCAACCCCGAGGCCGAAGCUGGCGUCCUCCCCGUUGACAACCACAGCCAUCGCCCCCCUCACCAUGGCGACCAGAAACCCAACUUCUUGGUCUUCCUCACCGACGACCAGGACCGCCGGAUCAACUCCUUGGAUUACCAACCCCUCGUCCAAAAGUACAUCCGUAACCAGGGCACGGAGUUUACCAACUAUUUCACGACAACGGCCAUGUGUUGCCCCAGUCGUGUUUCGCUUUGGUCGGGCCAGUUUGCGCAUAACCAUAAUGUUACUGAUGAGUCCCCUCCUCAUGGCUCAUAUACCAAAUUCGUGUCCCAAAAGCUCGACCAGAACUGGCUCCCGACCUGGUUGCAAGAAGCCGGAUACUCCAACAACUACAUCGGGAAAUUCAUCAACGGCGUCUCCCCAACCCUCAAACAAGCCCCCAAGGGUUUCGACACCGCUCAUUGGGAACCUCUCGUCGCUCCCAACAUCUAUACCUUCUACGAGCCGGUCUUUUCUAUCAACAAUGGACCCUUGACGAACUACAAGGGAUUGUACCAGACCGAUAUUAUCUCGGACAAGUCGGUCGAGAUUUUGGAUACGUUGGCCAAGAACAAGACACAGCCGUUCUUGUUUGUCAUCUCGCCUACGGCCCCUCAUGACGAGGUCUGGUCGAACGAGAAUGGGACUACUUUCACACCCCCCGUCCCCGCGAAACGACACGAGCAUCUCUUUAAAGGUGUCAAGGUCCCUCGCCAUCCAAACUUCAACCCAAAGAACAACGACAAGCCCUCCUGGGUCGGCACCCUCCCUCGCCUGACCGACGACCAAGUCUCGGCCCUCGACGCGAAAUACCGUGCCCGCCUCCAAUCCCUCCAAGCAACCGACGAGCUCGUCGAGCGCAUCAUCAAACGCCUCGAACACAACGGCCAGCUCGACAACACCUACAUCGUCUACACCACCGAUAACGGCUACCACCUCGGCACCCAUCGCAUGUACGCGGGCAAGCAAACCGCCUAUGAGGAAGACACAAACAUCCCCUUCAUCAUCCGCGGCCCCGGAAUCGCAAAGAACAAAAAAUCCAACGCCGUCGCAACCCACACCCAUUUCCCCGCAACUGUCCUCUCCCUCGCAAACCUCCCCAUCCCCGACUCGCUCGACGCCCACUCGAUCCCUGUCCUCGAAAACAAAUCUGUCUACGGCAAGGACCAACCCACAGAAGCCUUCUCGGUCGAAUUCUGGUCCCAGGCCUUCAUGGAGAACACCACCGCCCGCUUCGAUGCCAACACCUACAAGUCUGUCCGUCUCAUCGGCCAAGGCUACAACCUCCUCUACACCGUCUGGUGCACGGGAGAGAAGGAGUACUACGAUCUUGUCGAGGACCCCUUCCAGGUCAAGAACAUCUACAAGUCGACCAAAGUCACCUUCAUCAACCGUCUCGAUGCUUUGUUGAACGUCCUUCGCACCUGCAAGGGCCCCACCUGCCGUGACCCCUGGGCCGUCAUCCACUCUUCUUCUUCUUCCUCUAACAAGGACCAUGGAAAGGUCAAGACUGUGCGCUCGUUGACGGACGCGUUGAACAAAAAGUUUGACAAGUUCUAUGCCGAGUUGCCCAAAUUCUACUUCAAGGAGUGUCUGCAUUACUACAACCCUUCUAACGAGGAGACUGCCCCUCGCCAUACCGAGUUGUAA